UUCAACUCGUUUUCGAAGAGGAGUUAGUUUCUUUUAUUCUUUGUAUUAACUAUUUUAAGAGAUUUAGCUUAUGUAUUGUGAUAUUUACUUUAUAAAUCUCCUAUUAGUUAUUGUAGUUAAGUAAUUGUAAGGUAUUGAAACCAGUUACCUAAAGUAGGAAUACUCGUUACUUUUCGUCUGUGACAGAUCGAUUUGGCGUACUUUAUAAGUUGCAGGUUAUAUACGCUUUAUAUUGUUUUCCGACUGUGUAUUAGUUAAAAUGGAUAUGGAGAGCAUGGAUGUCGCGCAAGAGAGCACGUCGACGGCAUCGACGCCUGCAACGGAAAAUGGACCUGAUAAAAACGUGACGGCAGAAGAGAUGACUUCUCGGGAUUAUUAUUUCGACUCGUACGCACAUUUUGGUAUUCACGAAGAAAUGUUAAAAGAUGAAGUCCGUACCCUCACAUACAGAAACGCUAUGUAUCAUAAUAAGCAUCUUUUUAAGGGAAAAACAGUUCUAGACAUCGGCUGUGGGACAGGUAUCCUGUCCAUGUUUGCUGCGAAGGCUGGUGCAGCGAAGGUUAUCGCAGUAGAGUGUUCGAACAUAGUAGACUAUGCUCGGAAAAUCGUUGAGGCUAACAGACUUCAUGAUGUGAUAGAAAUUGUUAAAGGAAAGGUAGAAGAAGUUAAUUUGCCAGUGGACAAGGUAGACAUAAUAAUAUCAGAAUGGAUGGGCUAUUGUCUGUUCUAUGAGAGCAUGUUAGAUACAGUUCUUUACGCACGGGACAAGUGGCUGAAGCCUGAUGGUAUGCUGUUCCCGGAUAGAUGCACAUUGUUUAUUUGUGGAAUCGAAGAUCGUCAGUACAAGGAUGAGAAGAUUAACUGGUGGGAUGAUGUAUACGGUUUUGAUAUGUCCUCAAUAAGGAAAGUCGCUAUUUCCGAACCACUUGUUGAUGUGGUUGAUGCUAAGCAGGUUGUUACAAAUUCUUGCCUAUUGAAAGAAAUUGAUUUAUACACCGUCAAGAAGGAAGACCUGAACUUUGAAUCCAAGUUCCACCUUCAAGUGCGCCGUAAUGAUUUUAUCCAAGCCUUGGUGACAUUCUUCAAUGUAGAGUUCACCAAGUCGCAUAAGCGGUUGGGUUUCAGUACCGCUCCCGAGGCGCCCUACACUCACUGGAAGCAAACUGUCUUCUACUUUGAUGAGUACAUGACGGUGAAAAAAGGUGAAGAAAUAACGGGAACAUUCUCAAUGCGUCAGAACGCUCGUAACAACCGUGACCUGGACUUUGAGGUGGAAAUCUCAUUCAAAGGCGAGCUGUGCCAGGUCCAGGAGAAGAAUCACUACAGGAUGCGCUGAAAAACAUUACAGUGCAUAGACAUGACCGUAACAAUAUGACCGUUAAAUAAAGUUUAUUGUAAUUUCUACUCGGAAAUUAAUGAAUAAGGAAAAGAUAUUGGAGUGUGUACUUGCAAAGUGUUCUAACAUUAUUCUUAAACGAUUUUAAAACAUCCCCAAAAUAUAAAACUAGUUGAAAUAUUGACAAAAAAAACUUCUGUGAAGUUUAAGAAAAUAUAAAUAUUUAAUGGUAUAAUGUUAAAUUUUUAUUUAAUAGAAAUUGACAAGAUUUUGUUAAAAUACUAUUCAAUUACACAGCUUGUCCAAUCCAUACUUCAUCAUUGAUUUUAAUUUAAGAGCAGUAAUGUAUCGUAUUAUGUAGAAGAUGCAUAUUUAAAAAAACUUGAUAAAAUAUAGUAUCUCAACGAAGGCUUUGUCAAGUGAACAAGGGGAAUAUUUUGCAUUAAUAAGAUAUCGCCUUGUGCUGUUUGGAAUGUUAUAAAUUCACUAGUUAUUAUCGAUUUUAUACAAUACAUUUUUAUAAGUAUUAUAUUAUAAUAUUAAUAGUUUGUACAUGUUAAAAUGGUCAUUUUCUAACAAACCUUAUAAAUAUUAUAAUCAUAACUGUAGACAUGAUCAGUCACAUCUUUAGAAUUAAAUUUAGUUUAUGGGCAAUUUUGUUGAUGGUUUAAAAUACGUAGUGAAAAUCUCAAUUAUUAAUAUAAGGGGUUGAAUACACUUAUGUAAUAAAACAAAUGACCAGCUGCAAUGUGAGUUUUGUUUGUAUUGUUGGAGCUUAAAAAUUUCUGACAUUCUAUUGCCAUAAUUGUAAUUUAAUUGCAGAGGUGUCUUCAAUCCCUAUGAUCGUAAACAAUAGCAUUUUACAUCAUCAAUAUAUUAUAACAUCAAUUUGAUUGUUAUAAUUUAUCUGCCAUUCAGAAAUCUAGAAGAAUCUGUCUACAAUCUCGCUAUUAUUUUUAAUAUAUCAAUUUACAUUUACUUCAUAUUGAAGAAGCCUGAAGGUAAUUGUUAAACUCCAAAUCUGACAAAAUCUGUAUUCACUGAUUUUAUAGCAAUGUGAUUUAGGCAUGACAUGACUUAUACAUAUUUUGGGUAUAAAUAAAUAAUAGUUAAUCGACGUUUUUUAAAAAAAGCUUUUGUAUAGAAAGAUUGUUGUUAAUACUGUUGACCUUUGAGUUUGUCUAGAUUUCAUUCUGGGUCAUGCUUUCUUUAAAAAUGCUUUGUCAUCGGAACUGAAUCAACUUCAACAACUCAGCUCAAUAAUAAAAGCAACUCAAUAAUUAAGCUGAGUAAAAAGCCUAAUAACCUAAAUAAACAAAUUUGCAAAUUAAAUGUCUCGUAAAUGAGAUUGAAGGAUUAACAUUAUCAUUAUCAACUAUAUAUAUAUGUGAGAAAAUAGUAUAAACCUAAAACGUGUUUUAAGUUUUUAUUGUAAAUUCAUUGGAAUAUGAAUUAAAUCAAAACCAACAAUUUCAAAUGGGUUUGAAGUCGAAGCUAAAUAGUUUUGUUGUUUUUAAGAAAAAUUAAAACUUUAAAUACCUAAGUACUCAUACUCGAAUGUAUUAAAUAUCCAUCUUAAACAUUAUAAUUUAUAACAUGAUUAUACCAUCGGUUACAUCUGCCAGUAAACUGCAAAAGUAUUUCAUGUUAUAAAAAAAAAUGCUGUGGGACUUUUGCGGCCUGCUAUUAGACUUUUUUUUUAAAACAAUCGCUAAUAGAGGAUACAUUUUCUGUAUGCAAACAUGUAUAUGAAAUGUCAUAAUGCUGUACGUUUUAAAAUAAACACCUUGAUAUGAGUACCCAGUUACCUUGUCGCACUGAGACGGUUCAACAGACGAUAGGUAGGGAAAGAAAUGGCACAUUAAUAAACUUGGAGAUGUAUUCUACUUCCAUAUUUCGAUUCUGCCUACGAAAUAUUUUGACAUGACAGGAUAAGUGAGUGAAAAUAUUUAUUUUUCCCACCUAUAUUAUGAUGUCUGCAUGACAAGCUAACAUUAUGAGCAACUGUUGUUACGUAAAUAAAAAAGUUUUGAAAAUAAACCUAAACCAAAUUAUAAUAUUGUAACAAUAUUUUGCCCUAAUAACAAGUUAUUAGCCAUCUAAACGGUUUUUAGUGUUAAUCAAGUCAUAUUGUUACGAGGACUUGUACCUCAGCCUAUGAAACUAGACAUAAAAAAAUCUAGAUAAAUAAUUAAAGGCCAAAACACGAUUUGAAAUAAGCUUCAUUUUAUUAAACUGUAGCAAAAUGUGAUGUUUUGCACCGAUUAUGUAAGAAAUGAUAGUUUUUGUAUCUUAGAAUUAAGUAAAACUAAUUUUACGGUUUUUGUCGCAUUUUUAUUUAUGAAAUGAUUUGAAUGUUGAUCCUUUCCGUAUGAAUGUGUUGCAUUAAAUGCAUUUCGACACCUACCUGUUAUUACCAAAACACUAGUGUUACCCGAUUAAUUUCGUGAAAAAAAUAAUUUGUUUAAAUAUUCCUUUUUUUUUGCUUUACGUCAUGGUCACGACGAUUAAAUAUAUUAUUGUUUAGAAGUUUUAUUUGUAUAUUAGUGUAUAUUUUUAAAAGUGGUAAUAAUAGUUUGCAGGUAUUUACUAUCUGUAAAACUAUUUUUUUAUUAAAACAAAUAAAAACAGAUAAGUAUGAUGUAUGUAACAUUAAAAAUAAAAGUUGCGAUAAUUAACUGUGAACAUAGUUUUAUUUAAUUAGUUAUAGAAAAUUAAUUAAACAUGAAUAAACGAUAGCUUGUACUGGCCAUUAAUAUUUUUAUAGGAUUUUUUAAAUAACUUCAGUUAUGUACUACGGAAUAAGUAUUAGAAUUUUUUGUAACCGUGUGGAAGUAUAUCAGUAAAUAUUGAGAUUGUAAAUGAAGUGAAUACUAUAAUUUGACUACUUCAUUAUGCGACAGCUUUAAGCUAGUUUAUAUACGCCACACAUAAAUAAGCGGUUAUUUAAACUGCCAAAUUAACCAUUCCUAUCAUUUCACAAAGUGUUGCAAAUUUAUUAUUAAAAAAAUUAAAAACAAGCUUCUGACCUCACCUUAGUAUCUGUGGAUGAAAUCUUGCGACCCAAUUAUAAACCAGAAAAUAUUAAUAAAAAAUUGAGUUGUAGUUUUAUAAUUUUUAAAGAGUUUUGGUGCUAGGGACAAUUCAAUCUUAACUAAAUUGAAUUCGUUUUCGAACAUUGAUUAAAAGAGGCUUGUUUUUAAUUAAGUUUUUUUAAAAAGUUAAUGAUAAUCACACGAUAUAAAGACUUAAAUCAGUGAAAAAUGUGUGGCGUUCCAUAAAUAAGAAUUUUCGACUAAAAAGUGACCGUUUAAUAGAAUAACUUUUUAAAUAGAAGACAUCAGCUCUCUUUAUUUUAACGUGAAAUAAUUUUUGAUAACAAAAUUGAAACGAUUGGAUACAAACAAAAAAAUAUUGUAAUAAAAGUAAAGUUUCAACGGACAUAAGAAAAAUGUUUAUUUUCUUUAAAACUUACUAAAUUUUCAACAGAGUUGUUUUUUUUAAACGGAGCACGUUUUUAUGAGUAGUGUUUAGAGGUGCAUGUUAUCUAAGUGAACGUAUUAAGAUAUGUGGUGCAUAAAUGAGUCAGCCUCA